AUGAAUAAACGUGUACAUAAACAAAGAUCAUUAAAAUGGCAAAAGAGAGAAUUAGCAUUCAGCUGGAACGAAUCGAAUAGACUUAAAACUAUUCGUCAUCGUACAUUUUCUCAUUGGUCUUACCCAGUAUCAUUUCUUUCUCGAAUGAUUGACGCUGGAUUUUUUGGUUGCAAUAUUGAUGAUCGAGUUAUUUGUAUUUAUUGUGAUCUGAUAUGUCAACAAUGGAAUAUUGAAAUAGAUGAUCCAUGGGAAGUACAUAAAAUAUUUUCACCAAAUUGUUUUUUUGUCAAAUCUACAUCACACUGUGAUGCAUUAAAACACAAUCACACUGUAUUUACAGUGCCAAAUUAUAUUGACUAUGUAGAUCCUAAAAAACGUUCAGCAUCAUUUUCUACUUGGUCUAAGAAAGGAUUUCCAUCGGUAGAUAAACUUGUUGAUGCAGGUUUCUUCUUCAAUGGUUCUAAAAUAAUAUGUUUCUAUUGUAAUGGUUCAUUCAAUAAUUGGGAAUUAAAUAAUCAUCCAAUCGCUGAACAUGUACGAUGCUUUCCAUAUUGUAAUUAUGCUAGGCAACUAUGUGGUGAAGAAUUAUAUCAUAAAAUUCAACAAUCAACAAAACCUAUGUCAGAAAAUGCUAAAACUAGUGAAUUUAAAAAUGAUCAUCAUCAACCAAAUAUACUUGAUGAUGGAACACUCUCACAACUCGUUUCUGCUUAUCUUGAUUUACCUAUUUCAAAAUGUUUAUUAGAAGAGAAAAAAUUUGAACGAUCAGUUGUUGAACAUUGUUGGAAAGAUCAACUUCGAUAUAAACAUGAUAGUUCUAUCGAUAAUAGUGAUUUACUUAUAGCAUGUGAAAUUAUCAAAAAACAGAUGGAGCUUAUCGAUCUAAAGAAGAAGGAUGUUAUCAUUCCAAGUAUUGCAUUGAAAGAGUUUUAUGAGAACAAACAACAAUCUUUCAAUGGUAGACAUUCAUCGUCGUCUUACUUAUUGAAUAACAUAAAUCAAUCGUAUACUGAUAUAUCAAAAUCGUUUGAGGAUGAUCUUCGAAACUAUCAAAGAAAUCGACAAAAAUUAGGUGUAGAAUUUACUGAACAAUCAAGUAUAACUAUUGAACGAGAACAAUCAUUAAUAAAUUGGUCAUGUACCAAACCAUCACGUUAUGAUAUGACUAAAGGAGGUUGGAUCAUAUCUGAUACAGAAAAUUAUUCAAAAUGUCCUCAUUGUCAUAUGCAUUAUUACAAUUGGAAAUCUAAUGAUAAUCCUUUAAUUAUUCACAAAUAUCUUUCACCACUGUGUUUAUUUGUUCUGGCAUCCAAUCCAUUCAAUUCAAAUCCAGUACCAAUAAGAACAAUGAAAGAAAAUUUCACAGAUACAGACAUUAUAAAUGCCGAAUCACAACCAUAUGAUGGUCUUGUUCAAUCCAAAUAUGAAUCUGUUUUCAUGUUGUCUGAAAGACAACGUUCAUUCGAAAGCUAUCCUGGUGGUUGCCCUAUUAAUGCUCAUGAGCUGGCAAUAUCUGGUUUAUACUAUCCAAAUCGGGGUAGAUUUAUCAAGUGCUUCUAUUGUAAACGUAGUAUACCUGCUGUCAACAGCAGUUCACGACCUCAUCCAUAUCUCAAAGAUCUACAUUGUCUUUUUCCAUGCCGUUAUGUUCGCCAAUUGAAUGACAUCGAUCCAGAAUUCUCGACACGACAAGUUUCUCAUAAAUGUGCAUGGUGUAUGAUUGAAGAAAAAAAACUUACGGCUUUACCAUGUCGCCAUUUUUGUUUAUGUAAGUCGUGUGGUCAAAUCAAACGCUUAUGUCCAAUAUGUCAAGAACAUAUAACUGCAUAUGUUAUUAUCUAUUCAGCUUGA